AUGACUUCAUCUAGAUACAAUAAUAAUGACAUAAAAAAAAUUCAGGAUCAAGAUGUUGAUAGUUACAUUUUUCUCCAUUUAACCGAAGAGAAACUUACCAAUAUGAAUGAAUCAUCCCCUGUGUCCGUUGAAGUCAUAACCGCCACCGAAUUUGAAAAAUUUCGUAAAAGUACUAGAAAUCAAUUAGAGAAUCUUAAUAAAAGGAUUAACAUCACCUCUGAGUUUAAUAAGCUCUUUUCUGAUGUUAAAGAUGCCCAAAACGAUAUUAGGGAAUUAAAAAUCGUUUACUUAUCUAGAUAG